ACAGGAAUGCAGCUGUUAGUUCUACAAGGUGCUCUGGCCCUGCUUUGCAAAGUGUUUUAUCUGUAACAGGACCCAGAGUGCUGGCAUUAACUCCUUUGGAACUGCCCUAUCCACGGUCAGGAUCUACUUCUGUCGCCAGGAGAGAUGAUCACCUACAAGGUCACGGUGGCCACUGGGACUUCAUACUACUCAGCAACCAAUGACUACAUCUAUGUCACGCUGGUGGGAGAGAAAGGAUCGAGCAAGAGAACCAUCCUGGAUAAAUGGCUGUUCAAUGACCUGGAGAGAGGAAGUGUGCAAGAAUACGAGGUCGAAAGUGAGACGGACCUGGGCUGCAUCUGGUGGGUGCAGUUGGACAAGGAGAGGUUCCUGGUGGAGGACAACUGGUUCUGCAGCUAUGUGAUGGUGCGGACGCCUUCAGGAGAAAGCCUCGUCUUCCCCUGCUACAGGUGGCUGUGUCAUAAUGACAGCGUCUGCAUUCGGGAAGGACAAGCUAAGCGACCCUAUGAUGACUCCUUGCCUGCUUUUCAGUCACAUCGUCAGCGGGAGCUUGUGCAGAGGCAGAAGCUGUACAGAUGGAAGGUUUGGAAGCCUGGCAUGACCAGGUGCAUUGCCGCUGAAACAGAGGAGGAUCUCCAUCCGGACGUCAAGUUCGACAACGACAAGCGGACUGACUUUGAGAACUCCUUGAACUUGGCUUUAAGGGAACUCUUCCUGAAGGAGCUUGUGAACAUGUUUGGAACAUCCUGGUACAGUCUAGAGUGCUUUCAGAAGAUCUUCUGGAGAGUCAAGAGUCCCAUAGGAAUCUACGUGGUCAACCAUUGGAAGGAAGAUUGGUUCUUUGGGUACCAGUUCAAAAAUGGUUGCAACCCCUGCUUGAUUGAGAGGUGCAGGGAGAUCCCAAAGAAGUUCCCUGUGACGGAUGCGAUGGUCAACCAGUUCCUCGGGGGAUCCACACUGGAAAAGGAAAUGAAGAAGGGAAACAUUUACAUCGUGGAUUACAAGAUCUUGGAUGGAACUAUCGGCAACGUGAUCGAGGGGAAGCAGCAAUACGUGGCAGCCCCCAUCUGCCUGUUGUUCCAGGACCCCCAGAACAGGCUGAUGCCUCUUGCCAUUCAGCUCGGACAGCUCCCAGGCCCCAACAAUCCCAUCUUCCUGCCCUCGGAUCCGGAGAAUCUCUGGCUGCUGGUCAAGAUCUGGGUGCGGAGUUCCGAUUUCCAGCUGCAUCAGGUCGGCUUCCACCUGUGUGGGACGCACCUCCUCGGGGAGGUGUUCUGUGUCGCCACACUGAGGCAGCUUCCCGCCGUGCACCCCGUCUUCAAGCUUCUGACUCCACAUACGAGGUACACACUGGAGAUCAACACACGGGCUAGAAACGAACUCCUGGGCAAGAAUGGUGUUAUUUCCAGAUUGCUGGCAACGGGUGGGCCUGGCCUGGAUGCAUUUACCCUGAAGACCUGUAAGUCGUUCACCUACAGGUCCAUGUGUCUCCCUGAUAACCUGCAGGACCGUGGGGUCCUGGAGUUGAAGGAAUACUUCUACCGCGAUGAUGGACUCCAAAUCUGGGGUGCAAUCAGCAAGUACGUUAAGAACAUCAUGGGGCUCUACUACAAGAGUGACCGCGACGUGCUUGAAGACGUGGAGUUGCAGGCUUGGAUGAAGGACGUGGUCCAAGAGGGGUUCACAGAGCUUCCUGGAACUGGAUUCCCGGAGAGCUUUCAGUCCAGGGAAGAGCUCUUCAAAUUCCUCACCACGGUGAUCUUCACCUGCUCUGCCCAGCACGCUGCAGUCAACAAUGGGCAGUAUGAUUGGAGUUGUUGGGUGCCAAACUCGCCAUGCACCAUGAGGGAGCCUCCACCCACCUCCAAGGGACACCGCUCGAUAGAUCAGCUCAUGGAUACCCUGCCUGAUAUGAGCCAGUCCGCUCUACAGAUGGCAAUCACGUGGCAGCUGGGUCGACCUUUACCCAACAAGAUCCUGCUGGGCAGUUUCGAGGAGGAGUACUUCACCGAGCCAGAUGCCAAAAAGGUCAUGGUGGAAUUCCAGGAGGACCUGAAGGAGAUCGAGCGACGGAUCGAGGACCGAAACCAGGGCUUGGACCUCAAAUACCAGUAUCUGCAGCCCAGAAAUAUCGAGAGCAGCAUCAGCAUCUGAGUCCUGCUCUCCCCACACCCCAACCACUCUCCACUGGGACCCCCAAUCAUAGCGGGGAAGAGAAGAGUAUCCCUUCACCUCCUAGGCUCUGUUACAAAUAGAGGUAAGGCUAGGGAUUGGGGUUGGUGUUAGGGUUAGGUGAUUAGGGGUUGGGUUAGAGGUUAGGAUUAGGGGUUGGGGUGGAGGUCACAGAGUUAGCAGUUAGGGUUAGAUGUUGGGUUUAGUGUUUGGGGUUAGGAAUUAAGGUUCUGAGUUACAGGUGGAGGUUAUGAUUACAGUCGGCGGUUUUUGUUAUGGAUGUGGGGUUGGAGUUUGGGUUUAGGGUUGGGGUUAAGGUUUGGAGUUUGGGUUUCGGGUUGGGGUUAGAGGUAGGAGUUUGGGUUUAGGAUUUGUGUGACAGGGUAAGAUUUUGGGUUUAGAGUUGGACUUAGGGGUUGGAGUUUUGGUUUAGGGUUGGGGCUAGGGGUUGGAGAUUGCUUUUAGGGUUGUGGUUAGGGUUAGGAGUUUGGGUUUAGGUUUGAGGUUAGGGGUUGGAGACUGGAUUUAGGGUUGGGGUUGGGGAUUGGAGUUUGGGUUUAGGGUUGGGGAUAUAGGUACGAGUUUGGGCUUAGGGUUGAUGAGAGGGGUAUGAGUUUGGGUUUAGAGUUGAUUUAGGUGUUGGAAUUUUGGUUUAUGGUUGGGGUUAGGGAUUGGAUUUUGGGUGUAGGUUUAGGGUUUGGUAUUGGAGUUCGGGUUUUGCGUUGGGGUUAUGGGUCCGAGUUUGGUUUUUGGGUUGGGGUUAUGGGUACAAGUUUGGGUUUAGUGUUGGGGUUAGGGGUUGGAGAUUGGGUUUAGGGUUGGGGUUGGGGUAGGAGUUUGGCUUUAGGGUUGGUGUGUAUGGGUACGAGUUUGGGUUUGGAGUUGGUGUUGGGGAUAGGAGAUUUGGUUUAGGGUUGGGGUUCAGGAUAGGAGUUUGGGUUUAGGGUUGGAGGUAGGGGUAAGAGUAUGGGUUUAGACUGGGAAUUAAGGGUUGGAGUUUUGGUUUUGGGUUGGGGUUAGGGUUGGAGAUUGGUUUAGGAUUUGGGUUUGGGAUUGGAGUUUGGGUUGAACCUUGGGGUUCGGGGUUGGAGUUUGGGUUUAGGGUUGGGGUUAGGGAUUAGUGUUUGGGUUUAGUGAUGGUGUUAUGGGUAUGAGUUUGGGUUAAUUGUUGGGGUUAGGGUUGGGGUUAGGGUUUAGAGAUUGGGUUUAGGGUUGGGGUUCGGGAUUGGAGUUUGGUUUUUAGGGUUGGGGUUAGUGUUUGGUGAUUGUGUUUUGGGUUGGAGUUAGUGAUUGGAGUUUGGGUUUAGCAUUGGGGUUAGUGGUUGGGGUUUGGGUUUGGGUUUGGGGUUCGGGGUUGAGUUAGAACAUCAAACACCACAACACACGAACAGGCCCUUUGGCCCACAAUGUCUGUGCCGUCCAUGACGCCAAUCCAAACUCAUCCCAUCUCCCUGCACAUGCUCUGUGUCCCUCCAUUCCCUGCCCGUCUGAAUGCCUCUUCAUCGUUGUUAUCGUAUCUGUUUCCACUACUCCCCUGGCAGUGCCUGCCAGGAACUACUGCUCGGGGUCGCAAAAGAUAAAUCUUGCCUCGCUAAUCUCCUGUAAACCUUUGCCUUCUCAUCUUCAAACUGUGCCUUUGGUACUUCCACCCUGGGCACAAUAAAGACUCUUACUACUUUCCUUCUCUAUGCCUCUCAUAAUUUUGUGUACUUCCAUCAAUUUGGUCCUCAUCCUCCAACAUUCAGAGAAAACAACCCAAGUUUGUCCAACCUCUCCUUAUCACUGAUACUCUCUGAUCCAGAAAAUUUCCUCUUCUGCACCCUUACUGAAGCCUCCAGGUGCGGCCGAACUAAAGUUUUAUACAGCUGCAACGUAGCCUCCUGACUCUUAUCUCAACAUCCCAACUCACAGAGGGAAGUCGGCCUAAUGGAGUUUAGGGUUCGGAGUUAGGUAUUAUAGUUAGGAGUUGUUGAGCUGGGAUCUGGCUAACCUUCGAGAAACGUGCAUUAGGGUUAGGUGUAGGGUCACCCUCCCAAGUCUACGCAGGGAGCUUGAGGGUAAUGGAAGGCUCGACACCAGACAUGCACGAUGGCAAUGUUGGUUGGGGAGGGUUGGGUUUUGGUACCUUGGGUUAUUUAGAGUUUCAUCACCACGACUCAACCCAGAACAUGGGACUCCAGACAUCUUCUCCCUCUUUCUUGACCACCUCCACUCACCACCAGUGGACCUGACCCAUCCUCACAUAGGACUAAUAAGGGGAGGGGAGAGGAGAUGAGGAAAAAGCAGGUAGCUCACGAGCCUUCUCCCAGACACUGAAGGAUUUCUGGACUUCUGCCUCUCAAGACAUAGAAGUAGGAGGAGACCAUUCGGCCCCCUCAUACCUGCUUUCUCAUCCAUGGCUGGAGUAUUUAUGGAUAUAUUUGACCUCUUGCUUCUGCGGCCUGAGGUUCCCACCUGCUUCAAUAAGGCAUCCAUUCUCCCAGUGCCCAAGAAGAGCGAGGUGACCUGCCUCAAUGACUACAGUGUCACCUUCCCUCACUGACCCCAUAACCAUUGAUUCUCUGAGUCAUACAGAGAUACAGCACUGAAACAGGCCCUUCGGCCCACCGAAUCUGUGCUGACCACCAUGCACCUAUUUUUACACUAAUCCCACCCUAAACUAUUUUAUUCUAGCCACAUUCCUCCAGAUUCUACCACAGGGGCCAAUUUCAAGUUGUCAACACACCUGCACAUUUUUAAGAUGUGGGAGCAAACCGGAGCACCCAGCAUAAACCCACACGGUCACAGGGAGAACGUGCAAACUCCGCACACAGACAGCGCCAGAGGUCAGGAUCGAACCCAGGCCCCUGAAAGCAUAAGGCAGCAGCUCUACCAGUCGUGCCGCUGUGACAUCAAAUUUCUGAAAGCUCUUUAAGCUUCUCCCCAGUGAUAAGAUAAUCGAUCCCUUGCAUUUAUAAAAUGAGUUGUAUCAUGUGAGCAGAUCCCUCAAGAAUCAUUUUAUUCACAUUACUGUAGAUCUUUGUAACUUUGCAAUGUCUCUGCUAUUGAUUGAAGAAUGCAAAUUAUUGUGGUUUUUUAAAAAAUUCAUUUUAUAUAGUUUCACCACUAUUGAUAUCCAAUAAAACACAAUUUUCCAUC